AUGUAUCGGCGAUCCGGAGCUCCUCGCGUGUCCGUCCGCGGCCAGCGCAAGAUUGGACAGCAACAGAGCAAAAAGAAUUUGCAUAACGUCAUUGGUGUGUCGACCGUCCCAUUGUCCAGUCGCUUUACGCAUUUGGCGGAUGAAACAGCGCCGCGUGUGGCAAAGAAGCAGCAGCAGCACCAAGUGACGAUUGUUAAGACGUCGCAAAAGAAGAACAAAGUACAGCCGGUGCUUCAUAUUGGAGGUGGAAAGAAGAAAAUGAAGGCAACGGCGUCAACUUUGACUCAGAGCCAGCAGCAGCAGAAGAAGAAGAAGCUGCAACAGGUCGCUCAGAACAACCGCAGCAAGCGUCAGCAGGUUGUCAGCAAGCACAGAAAAGGACUCUCAGUCCAGGAGUUUAAGGCUAAGGAAAACCAGCCUAAGAAGAAGAAUGCAGUUGCUCAGCAGAAUGGAGAAAGAGGCGCGGGUCGUGGAGGUCGAGGUGCUCGUGGAGGUCGAGAUGGUCGUGGAGGUCGAGGUGGUCGUGGAGGUCGUGGUGGUCGUGGAGGUCUUAGUGGACGUGGAGCUGUCAGGGCCAAACCUCCGACCGGAGAAGAUCUUGACAUGGAUAUGGACAAGUACUGGCACGAAGCUGGUAAGGGUCCUGACCCCAAGGCUGCCCAGUUGGACCGUCAGAUGGAGGAGUACUGGGCCACCAAGCCGACGCAAGACAACGAUGUUGCUACCAAGACGGAAGCCGCACCAGUCGCUGACACCACUAUGGAGUCUUGA